AUGAAGACCGCGAUGGAAGCGCAGCUGGCCGACGUCCGUCAGCAGCUGCGCGCCAUCAAGGCGACGACGCAAGCGCAAACGGACGUCAUCCAGACGAUGAAGACCAGCUCUGAGUUCCAUCUCGGCGAGAUGGCGGCAGCGUGCACGGACGUGCUCGACGACAUCGAUCGCAACGACGCCCAUCGCGCGACUCGAGCGACGGCGAUUCCGAUCCUCGGG